AUGGAGAUGCGUUACUCACUGACGCUCGAGCGCAUGUCACACGCCCUCUUCGCGUGGUUACGACGCGCGAGCGGCACCGCGCGCGUCGUCGAGACGCCCGAGGAUUGUUACGACGGUGAGGUACUGUACCGCGCGUUCGAGCGCGCGGUGCGAGGGACAGAGGACGCGGAAACCGAGGAUGAAGAGGUGGAUUUCAUUCAAAAGCUCUCGGGACAGCUCACAAAGGAAGGCGUGCGCGACGGCACGGCGGCGCUGAGAGCGCGCGACGCGAGAGGGACGAUGCGAUUGGUACGCGAGAUGUACGCGGAGUCGCUGCGACGGCGUAUAUCGGCGUUCGCGGUGGAUCGGGAACGGGCGGGGGGGGAGACGGCGGAUUUCGCGCGCGCGAGCCCGCGAGCGAGAGCGAAGCGGGAAGAACGGGCGACGGCGACGACGACGACGCGAACGUCGGGUGAAUUUGAGGUGGAGGAGAACGACUUCGAGGAUGGCGACUUCGAGGAUGGCGAAGCGGAUAUGGAGGAGGACGUGGACGCGGCGGACGAACUGGACAUGACGCACGACUGGUUGACGUUGGCGUCGCCGUCGCCGCGCGGAUCGAAUCGCGAUCGAACGUCGCCGGCCUCGUCGCCGUCACCGCGCUCGGCGUUCGUGAGCGCGGCGGAUAUGCUUCGUGAGUUGAAUCUGAACCAAGGCGUCCGGAGCGGUCGGGAGCCGAAGACGCUCACGAGGACGCCGCCGCCAGUGCCGAAGACGCUUCGAUUAUGGAAAUCAGAGUCGCCCAUAGAUCGCUCGAGGAAGUCGCUCAAGUGGGAGAUCAUCUUCGAUGAAGAUGAAUCAAAGACGAUGAGGCGGCUGGUCCCAUCCUCUGACGAGCGAGGCGGAGGCACGUCGACGAGGUCGCGUUUACAGGUCGCCGCGGAGCGUCGAGGCCGACUUACGUGGUCGUCCAAGCGAAGUCCGCGAACACACAGCGCGUCAUCGCCCGAGCGUCGUAGAAGCGACGUCGGCGUUGCGCCGUGUUACGUACCCGCUCGUGCGCCGUCGAACAAGCGCAUCAUUCGAAGCGCUCUUCGAUCGCUCCUCGGACCGCCGGAUAUGAGUGAGGCGUGCGCCAGAGCCGUGCGAGCCGUCGACUCGUGUGAGCACUCGACAAUCGUGUUACUGCUAAAGGACAUCGUUCCGCGCAAACUUCGUGGCGUGUACGCCGUCGUCGCCGAGGAUGCGCUCGUGAAGAUUUAUGGUUCCGGUCCCGAGUUCAUCGAGACGGCUGAAUCCAGCUCCGUCGCAGAGUUGCUCAAAUACGACACCGUUUCGACCACGUUCGAGUGUUUACCCGGAAAUAGCCUCACCCCAACCGUGACUGCGAUCACCCUCGCGCGUUAA